AUGAAUAUUCAGAUAGCCCAAGGUCUCCUAGAUCAGAUAAUGCUAAUGAUAAGGACUGCCCUGGAUGCCCUUGUUCCAAACAAGUGCCUGAAGCCUCUUCAAGUGACAGGGAAGUAUCUGAAGAACUAUGAAAAAAUGAAGAAUGGGCCAACUCUCCAGAAGAAAAACCUGAGUAAGGCUUUUGAGGCCCUGGAGAAUAUUGUUGGCCACAGAAUUUCUCAUGGCUGGAAGGAAGCCAAUGAACCAGUCACCCAGUGGAAAGCCAUCAUUCUAGAUCAACUGCCUACAUAUCCCUCUCUCUAUUUGUUGAAAUAUGAUGGGAUUGAUUGUGUCUAUGGCUUGGAGCUUCACAGCGAUGAAAGGAUUUUAAACCUUAAGAUCCUGCCUAACAAUGUGCCAUUUCCUCAGGUGACAGACACUCAUCUGUCAAACACCAUAGUUGGCAGUGCAGUGAAACAUAUAUUCACGGGCACAAAUGGCUCUAAGGAAGACUGGAAUGGGAUGGUCCUAGAGGAGGUGCCAAUCAUGAAGACCUGGUUCUAUAUUACCUACAAGAAAGAUCCGGUCUUGUACAUUUACCACCUCCUGGAUGACUACCUUGAAGGCAACAUCCACAUCAUGCCUGAAUGUCCUCCAGUAGAAGUGACUUUGGAAUUAGGCAGGGAUUCCUUGGCAGGCAAAAGUGUGCAGUACAACAAAAAAGAUGGAACCCAAGAGAUAGGUAAAAUUAUUUGCCAAGUUCCCACCAAACCUUCUGUGUGUUUCAUCAAGUUUAAUAAUGACUUCCAAUUCUAUGUCUAUGAUUUGGUUAAUAUCUGA